GCAUCCCUUUCUCACUCUUUCUGAGGACGAACACGUGAGCACGUUUCUCAAAUUGUCACAGUACAAUCAUAGUACGUCCUAACCAUGGCGCUUAACCUUACUGUUAAGGUGCAUCCAGUUGUGUUGUUUCAAGUUGUAGAUGCUUACGAGAGAAGAAAAGCAGAAUCGGUGCGCGUUAUUGGCACCUUGUUAGGCACUGUGGAGAAGGGAAUUGUUGAAGUAACCAACUGCUUUUGCGUGCCACACAAAGAAUCCGAAAGUCAGGUGGAAGCAGAUCUGACUUAUGGAAUGGACCUGUAUGACUUAAAUCAUCGAGUUAAUGCACAAGAAAACAUUGUUGGUUGGUGGGCUACUGGCAAUGAGGUUACUACACAUUCCUCUGUUAUUCACGAGUAUUAUGUGCGAGAAUGUAACAAUCCGGUACACUUGACUGUUGAUACUACAUUGGCAAAUACCACAAGAAUGGCAAUCAAAGCUUAUGUAUGUGUUCCACUAGGAGUACCCAAUGGCAAGCAAGGUUCUAUGUUCACUCCGGUUAAAGUUCAGAUUACAUGUUACGAGCCUGAAGUUGUAGGGAUGCAUUUGUGUUCUAAAACGCAACUACAAUCUCAAGCACCUGGAAUAAAAUCUGCUGGAGGAAUAGAACCCAUGAUGGAUCUUGCACAGGUCUCGGAAGCUUGUUUCAAACUUUCUUCAUUGUUAGAACAAGUACUUGCGUAUGUUGAUGAUGUUCUAUCGGGAAAACAAGUACCAGACAAUCAAGUAGGACGAGCUCUCUUGGAUAUGGUACAUUCUGUUCCAAAAAUGACCAGUGAUCAAUUUGACGAAAUGUUCAAUAGUAAUGUUAAGGAUCUUCUGAUGGUUGUAGCGUUAUCUCAGUUGAUAAAAACACAAUUGCAGCUUAACGAAAAGCUUACGUUACUCACGACUUUGUAAUUAAACAUGUUCAAUUACGUACACUGUAUAACACUGUGUAAAGAAAAUUUAUAAUAAUGAAUUUCUCAUAUGAAAAACAA